AUGAUAUCUGAUUAUGAUACGCUCAUACAAUUCAACAAACAGCAAGUUACCAGUGAAAUGAUCGAUUUUCUGGCAUCAACUACUGAAUCUAUCAUAGCGGUUCAAGAGACUCGUAGUAUGAUUGCCAUCGCUUUACCUGCUCCACCAUUGACAAAAUUUAUUAGGAAUUUAGUCACACAUUCAAAUGUUCAAACUCCAACAUUAAUGGCUACAGCAGUAUACCUUGCUAAACUACGUUCUAUUAUUCCAGCAAAUGUGUAUGGUAUGGAGACUACUCGUCAUAGAAUAUUUUUAGGAUGUCUUAUCCUAUCGGCAAAGACACUUAACGAUUCAUCUCCUCUAAAUAAACACUGGGCAAAAUAUACUAAUGGGUUAUUAUCAAUUAAAGAAGUAAAUACAAUUGAACGUGAAUUAUUGGAAUAUUUCGAUUGGAAUGUCAUUGUAAAUACAAGUGAUUUGAUUACAUGUUUGCAACCAUUAUUAAGAACAAUGAAAGAUAGACACACUCAAGCUAGAAGACGUGCACAAAACCAGAAUUUACUAUGCUUCAAUUCUCCAACUUCAUCAUACCAUCAUCCUACCACUACAAUGGUUUCCCCACAUUCAUACCACAAGAAAAUGUCCUCGACAGUAUCUUCAGACUCCAUAUUACAUUCAAGAUCGGACUCUAAUUAUUCUAUCCCUUCAUUAGCCUCAACUUCGUCUGUGUCGUCAAUGGCCUCUAGAAGAUCUAAAUAUUCUCUAGCCACGGCACAAAUGAUUCCAGAAGAAAGCCCAACUUAUAUGACUACAAAGAAUCCUUAUAACGUUCCAAUUAUGGAUUAUAAUAAAGAAAAUAUAGGUAUGAAAUCAUUACAUUCUUCCUCUUCUCCGGUGAAACCUUUCAUGUUAAAAAAUCGAUUAGUGAAAAUUAAACCAAUUUCAUCUACUGUGGAUUCUGCCUCUAAUUGGGCUUCCUCAUUCUUUAAUUAA